GGUUUUUGCAGCAGUAUCGCCGCUUGUUAGAUGCAAAUGAACAGUUUUUAAAGUGAAAACAGCGUUUGGAUGUCAGUGGUUCAGGAGGGGAAGGAGAAAACCCUCUCUGCGCAUGCUCAGACUGCGCUCCCCGUCUUAUUAAUUUUUAAUGGAAAAUGGCUGCGUUUCUUAUCCAAACCUCUGGAGCAGGGAAAUAAAAACGCGUCCAGCCGAACCAUCUCGCGUCUUCUUAACGUUCACACCGACACAAUCCGAUGUGGUGAUCACUCGCUAGCUGGCCGAUGUCCUGUGGUGCGAAAAUAUUUGGGGAAAUGGAUGGACUCGCGCUUUGAGAGAUGAAAGAUCAUUUUUCUCCUUAACCCUUUCUGCUCCGAGAUCUGCGAACAAUCGAGCAGACGAUGAUGCGCCAGGUGACAAGCAGUGACUUCUGCAUGAAUAGCAGGCCGUCGUGCUUAGCAGAGGACGGCCACCACCACCCCGCCUCCCACUUUGACCUGUGCACCUCCCAGUCCAACAAGUUCUACCCUCCUCCCCCUCCGUCGUCCCUUCAGAUGGCACUGACGCCCAUGGCCUUACCCACCCAGAGUCACAAGCCCAUGGUGUGCCAGAGACAGGAAGUGCUUGGGGGUGACCCCCGCUCAUCUGGAAAAAUACCAGGCAUUAAAAGCACUGAUCAAGCACCAGAUGACCCCAAGAAGAAGAACAAAGCUGUUGGGAAGACAGGCAGACGCGGGAGGCCUUUGGGAACCACCAAGCUAGCCGGAUACAGAACCAGUACGGGACGACCCCUCGGCACCACCAGAGCCGCUGGUUUCAAGACAAGCCCUGGAAGACCGCUAGGUACAACCAGAGCAGCGGGGUACAAGGUCAGCCCCGGACGGCCUCCUGGCAGCAUCAAAGGCCUCUCUCGCCUCAACAAACUGGCUUAUGGUAGCACCUGCAGUGGAGCUGCUUUCCCCUAUCCGCUACCACACAAAGAAAUCCUCUGUGAACCUUCCUGCAAAGAGAAGACGGCUAAUGAGUAAAAGCUCUACCCUGUUUCUACUCACCCUCCAUCAGUGGAAUAAGAGACGCACGUGUACAGGUUUCCUGCCAGAUACUGGGGGUGACUAUUCUUUCCCAGUCUGUUGUGAGGCUGAGAGGAGGAGAUUUUCUAUGAUUCGUGUUGGUGUCAUCUGUGUGCCUGCCACCUGAUAUAAUACUGUUAGUUUUUCAGUGUUACUGCUGGAGAUCUAUAGCCUGUGAAGGGUUUAACUACUCAUUGCUGUAUCCGUUUUCUUGGGAAAAAAAGUAAUACCUGAUGUUCAUUGAGCAAGGGGCUUUUAUCUUACUAACAACUGUAGUGGUCAUUCAUGACAAGUUUCAUUUUUAGUGUGCUAUAUGUUGCAUUUUAACAUCAACAAAUGAUUGAAACAUUCAUAUUAAAAUGUUUAAUUACUGUAAACAAAGGAGACCAUAGGUGAGAGGAUUGAUAACCACAAUUAUGUGAUGUACAGCACAAAACAAGGACAAAUUUUCCUUUGCAUGUCCAUUACACUACAAUUUGAAUAUCAUAUCAGCUUUUGUUGUUGGAUAUACACUCUUGUUCUUGCUCUUUAAACAAACACAUGCAAAGCAAGAAAGAAUGGAAGAGAGGGACAAGUAGCAGUGCUGUCUUUGCAGCAGGAAGGUUUGUUGGAAAUAGUAGUCUUUAAUUUAAAACAACAAAAUGCUAUAUGUAGUAC